GGUGAUAGUGAUGUCGGUAUGAUAGAGAAGGAAGAGGAGGAGGUGAUAGGAGACGGUUAUGAAAGCGGUGAUAGACAAUGAAAGAGGAAGAAGAAGGGGAGGUGGUGAUGAUGCUGGUGGUGGAGGCUGCCGCGGCGCACUCAUCUCCCUCAUCGGCGGGGGUCGGCGGGGGGUCGGCGCGGUGUCUUGCCUCGGCAGUCAGUGUGGACGGACGGGUCGGCGGUGAGGGUCGGGCUGCAGGCGGUCCCGAGCGCUGGGGAGCAUGUGAGGCGACGCGAGGAGGCCGCGACACAACCUCCGCCCCGCGCCACGCCCACGGCCACACUGAAGAGCCUUACCAUUACCAGCUGGAUAUAUGGACACUAAUAGCAGACACAUUGCACUCCUCUCUGAAACACUAAACUCCGCCUGAACAUUAUAAACAAACAAUAAAAUCCUGAGUGAGAUUUACCGAAACUUUUGUGAACUGGUCGCUGGGGAAGUUUAGAAGGUUGUUACUAGUGACCCUGACCUAACUUGACCUGGCUUGACCUCCGCCGCUAUGUUCUACCUGGUCACCUGAACGCGCCGGCACUCUCACCUGGGGUCGCGGCACUCACAGGUGAACGAGGUGAUAUUUAAAGGUCCUGCCGGCGUGAGGGCAACACAACACAAUAAGGUUUGCUGACGGAGGCGAGGACGGCGGCGGCGCGGCGAUGGGGGGCCUGGCGCGGGUGUGGGCCCUCAGACUCCUUCUCCUGACGAGCCUCUGCGCUGCGGGUUCGUGCCUGCGCGUGUCCGGCGUGCGCGUGCCGCCCGUGGUGGUGUCGGGCUCGGCGGUGGAGCUGACCUGCAACUACCACCACAGCCCCGACCGCCCCGACCCGCUCUACUCCAUCAAGUGGUACCGCGACGUGAACCAGUUUUACGAGUACAUCCCAAGGCGGGACCCGCCCAUCAGGGUGUACCCGCUGCCGAACAUACACGUGGACCGGUCCCGCAGCUCCCAGUCGACGGUGGCGCUGACGGGUGUGUCGCGCGAGACGUCCGGCAGCUUCCGGUGUGAGGUGAUGGGCGACAAACCUUACUUCGAGACGGACGACCACGCGAUGAACAUGACGGUGGUUGACGUGCCGGCGUGGGGCCCCGAGCUUUGGGGCGCCGCCCCCGGGGCCCGCGUGCGCCCCGGGGAGGUGGUGGCGGCGCGCUGUCUCAUGGGACUCUCGGACCCGCCGGCGGACAUAAGCUGGACCGUGAACGGCGAGGAGACGCCCCUCGAUGCGGCGGUGGUGCGGCCCAUGGCGCGGGGCCCCAAGGGGCGUUUGACCCAGGCUUCGGAGCUGCGCACGACAGUGACGGAGGUGUGGCUGGCGCGCGGCGCCAUGACCCUCACAUGCCACGCCCGCGUGUCCUCCGUCUACCACGCCACCGCCAACGUGACGCUCGUCCACUACGACUGGCCGCAGCCCGCCGAGUUCGGCUGGUUUUCCGCAGCCCCCCCAGCCGCCGCCCCCCACGCCUCAUCGCUCCUCCUGCUGCCCCUGCUGAUGAUGGUGUUGAUACCUGGCUCUGCUGUGGCGCCGCUGUGACCUUGAUCCGCCGACGCUGUGACAGGUAACGCCCCGACAAGUGAUCCGCUGACGGGGUGAUGGUGGUCUUCUGUUUCGAGGCGCCGUGGUCCUCCUCCUCCCUUCCUGCUCCUUGUCCUCCUCCUCCUCCUCCUCCUCCUCCUCCUCCUCCUCCUCCUCCU